CUGCAUAGCUCUCAUCAGUCUAAGCAUACAGAUAUUUCUAAACAAACCAACAGCUUCUACCAUUAACGUCGUCACUCUUAAUGGUGUCCCAUUCCCAAGUGUGACCAUUUGCAAUAUCAACUUUGAGAAGAAUGAGGCUCUUCCGUUGCUCAGUCGUACGUACAACCUCAUGAACCAGCUGUUCAAUGCGGACGAGAGCUUUCACUCCAACAGCAUGAAUGCUUCCUCAGUCAUUUCAAACUGUAGGAACACAGUCCCCAGGAAUAACAGUGACGCAACCUUUGAAGCAACAAUAUGGAAUAUACAAAGACCAGCUCGAUCUAAGAGAAGGCUCAUACAUUACUGUGGGUUUGUGACUGGCGUUAAUAGCAACGUCUCCAAUUGUAAGAGCCUUUUCCAGCCAGUCCUGACUCCAGCUGGAAUAUGCUUCAAUUACAACGGCAGCAGUAACACUAUUCACAGUACUGGGACUAGAUAUGGCAUGAAGCUUGUCCUAAAUAUAGAGCAGGAUCUCAGACCCUCGUACAAUGGUAAAGCAGGAGUUAUACUUUCCGUGCAUGAUGGGAAAGAUGUGGCUAGACCGAAUGUCAAUGGUAUCAAUGUAGCACCAGGUCAAGCAAUCAAUGUUGGAGUCAAUCUAAAAGAAUACAUUGACGAGACGAAAGAAGCGAAUUGCACUGCAGGACAAGAUCUUGUCUUCUUUGAGGAUUAUGACUACUCUCAGUAUGCCUGUGCACAAGAUGCCCUCAUUAAACAAAUAGCAAAGCCUAACGUAUGCAACUGCACUCUGCUACCAAGGAGGCCAUCGAAUGGAGAGUAUGACCACACCCCUAACUGCACCUUCCCCACCUCAUGCUGCUUACUGAAUGAGUACAAGACCAUCAAUACAGAGGAGCAAUGCCCACUGCCUUGUAGAUACAAGUACUAUGACUACACCACAAGCUAUGCUAGCUAUCCUAACUCAUUCAUAUUAGAAGAUUUAAUGAGAGAUGAGAAUGUCACUGAAGACUAUUUAAGAAAGAAUUACCUAUCAAUUAACAUCUAUAUCAAUGAUUUACGAUACAGCGUGGUCACUACUUCAUACACGUUUGGUGUUGAAGGUUUGCUGGGAGAUAUAGGAGGACAAUUGGGUCUAUUCAUUGGA